UUUUUGUCUCAAAAAAAAAUUUAUUAAUUUAUUUAUUUUAUUUUUUAUUAAAAAUUUCGUGAGCAAAAUAGUUGUUGACUGUGUGCUUUUGCUAGUCUGCUACCGUCGCAAUCGUUGCAGAUUUCAAAUCUUUCCCAAAUACCUAUUUGAUUUUGGGGGAGCUAGCCGCUAACUAGCUGAUUGUUGUUGUAUCGUGUGUGAUCUGUAGUGUUUUUGGGGUGACCAAACAACAACAACAAAAGAGAUAUCUGUUUAAUUAGCUAAAGAGAUAGCAGCUGAGUGGCCUAAUAGCCAGCAGUGCAGUGUUUUUGUGUGUGUGUGUUACAAUUUUUCCCCUAAAAACAACUAAGAAAAUGUCAUCAUCAAAUCAAAUAACACCAAAUCUGCAAAUGAGAGCCUUGUCUAAUUAUGAAGAGUUGAAUAUCAUUGGAACAGGUGCUUACGGGACUGUCUACAGAGCCCGUGAUCUUAAUAAUCCCGGAAAUAUUGUUGCGUUGAAGAAAGUUCGUGUUGCUCUUACAGACGAUGGGGUGCCAAUGUCAACGCUGCGAGAGAUAUCGUUACUCAAACAAUUGGACGCAUCAAAACAUCCUAACAUUGUUAAACUCCUAGAAGUAUGUCAGUUACUAGAAAGAGAAGGACAGCUUGUUUUGUUCUUAGUGUUCGAACACUUAGAACAAGAUCUUUCCGAUUUGAUAGAACGUUUACCAAAAUCAGGAAUGCCACCUAUCACAAUUCAACGUUUAUCACGUGAACUUCUAACAGGUGUGGAUUUUCUUCACUCACACAGAAUAAUCCAUCGAGAUCUAAAACCACAAAAUCUACUAAUCUCAUCACAAGGCCACUUAAAAAUUGCCGACUUUGGUUUGGCCAAAUCAUAUGACUUCGAAAUGAGGUUAACUUCAGUUGUUGUUACAUUGUGGUAUCGUGCUCCAGAAGUACUUUUAGGACAACCCUACAAUAGUAUGGUUGAUAUUUGGAGUGCAGCUUGUAUUAUUGCUGAAAUGUUUACACGAAAACCUUUGUUUCCUGGCAGUUCAGAGGCCAAUCAAUUAGAUAAAAUAUUCGAAUUAACAGGAAGACCUAGUGCACAACAGUGGCCAAGAGAGAUUUCUUUAUCUCGCGAUCACUUUCCAAAUAGACCUCCAAAACAACCUAGAGACCUUUGUCCUAACCUCUGUGAAUAUUCAAACGACCUGUUAAGCAAAAUGUUAUCAUUUGAUCACAGAUGUCGUCCAUCAGCCUUAUCAAGUCUCGACCAUGAAUACUUUCACCAGGAACCGCUUUAACAAGCUCAAACAUAAUUUAAAAUUGUUCUUAGAAGGGAGUAAUAUUUAUGUUUUGUUAAUGUUAAUUCUUUGUUUAUAGUUAUACUAUUAUUUAUUAGAUUUAGAAUGAAAUAACAUAUUUUUGAUAUUCUUUUUUUUGUGAGUGUGAACGCAAAACAAGAGAGAAAUACUAAAAGAAAAAUAAGAGAAUGUGAAAAAAUCACUUAAAAAAAAACAAAAAAAAAUUAUAUUUUUAAGCUAAAAGUUAAAAACUAUCUAAAAAAAAAAAUGUUGUGAUAUAAAUUAUACAAACAUAUACCUUCAUACCUUGUACUGUAAUAGACCAGAUGACUAACCAAAUCCUCCAAACCGCUAACAAUAGACACAAAACUGACAUAGCCUUAAGAUCUGUAAUCCAUAAAUUUAAUUUACUGUCAGACAACAAUAAUUAUAAUAAUAAUUUGUUGUCUGGCAGCCACCCACCAUAAAUGACUGAUAUACAAAAUAAAAUAGCCCAUAUAUUAAGGUAAUACAAAAAUAAAAAUAAAUUCUUUUCGUAACAAGUGUGUUCAAUUUUUCGUUAUAAUAAUUAUACAAUAAAACUGCUAUUCUCUCGUUCACUUAAAGUUAAAUUAAAAAAAAAAAAAUAAAAUAGUUGUAAUGUAAUAUUAU